GUCCGAUUAGAGUUGAUGCUAUUUUAGAGUGUUGGAAUUGGAAGAAAAGACAGAUUCAAUAAGAAGCGGUGCUUUCAAAGAGGACAUCGAGACAACAGGAUUCAUGCAGCAGAGAAGAGAAACAAUAUUGAACUGGCACACAACGUGAACACAUGUAUGUGUCAUUUGGAAACUUUACAGUGUGUGAAUGGCGGUGCUAAAGUACUUUACUGAAUGGACUUUUGUUUUUCUUUGGUGGGCUUUGAUCUUAAUUAUUGCACGACAGAAUGUGAAUGGGGGUAGUUUUGACCACAUUGGCCCCUGUGCUGGGAGAGACUGCUCUGUUUGCCAGUGCUUCCCGGAAAAAGGCUCUUGGGGAAGACCAGGUGUGCUUGGGCCUCUGGGCCCUCUGGGACCCCCAGGUUUUCCAGGCCUCCCCGGACCCCCAGGGGAGAAGGGUCAGCGUGGCGAUGAGGGGGAAUCUGGCAAGGCAGGAUCCAAAGGCGCCAAAGGUAGCAUGGGAUUCAGAGGAUUUCCAGGAUCAGAUGGUGUCCCUGGAUUUCCAGGCCCCACAGGUUCAAGAGGUCUCCCAGGGGUAGAUGGCUGUAAUGGGUCAAGGGGUGACUCGGGGGAAUUGGGAAGGCCUGGAAAUUUUGGACAACCUGGGGAUCAAGGUUCUCCAGGGAUAAAAGGAGAGAAGGGAGACCCUUGUUUUCAAACCAUUUGUAUUCCAGGCAAAUCUGGUGAUCCAGGUCUCCCAGGAAUAGAAGGGUCUCCUGGACCCAGGGGGAAUAUUGGUCCUAAGGGGCAGAUGGGCCCAAGAGGGAAAGAUGGAGUGAAUGGUCUAUGUGGUUCUCCUGGUCUGAGAGGGCCUCCCGGUGAUAAAGGCAGAGAAGUGCAAGGAGAACAUGGAGAAACUGGAGACCCGGGGCCAGUAGGUCCUCGCGGACCACCUACACCAUUUAAUGGAGAUAUUAGUGAUUAUUACAUAAAAGGAGAGAAGGGAGAUAAAGGACAGCCGGGUUUAAAUGGAUUAAAGGGAGAGAACGGCAAAUGUGAUCACUGCCCGGGAAAAAAGGGAGAGAAAGGCAUACCUGGAUUCCCUGGACCACGAGGUGAACCUGGGUAUAUAGGACCACCGGGUGUUCCUGGAGAAAAGGGACCUAGAGGUAACCUUGGACUUCCUGGUUUGAUUGGAUAUCCUGGACUGAAGGGGUUUACAGGUGAUUCAGGCCUUCCAGGACAACCAGUUUAUUUUAAUGGCACGAAAGGAUGCAAAGGUGAUCCUGGUUCCCCUGGCCUACAGGGCACCAUUGGAGAUGAUGGCCUCUUAGGGCUACCUGGUCAUCCCGGUCUUAGAGGAAGCAUUGUAUUAGGUCCACCAGGUCCACCUGGAGAACCUGGAGUCCUCGGAGAGAAAGGCUUUAAGGGGAAUGUUGGGGGACAAGGAUGUGUGAUUCCUGGAGAACCCGGCAAACCAGGAUAUUCAGGAAGAAAGGGAUAUCCUGGUCCCCGUGGGAAACCAGCUCUGUGUUGUAUUAAGGGAGAAAAGGGUCUACCAGGAAAAAAUGGAUCCUUGGGUCACCCUGGUUUCCCAGGAAUUCGAGGAAGGAAAGGAGUUCCAGGUGAUUGUUACUUGAAUUGCUCAUCUGCACACCCAGGACCUAUGGGGUCACAAGGGCCACCAGGGCAGACUGGCCCUCCAGGACGUAUUGGUAAAAUUGGGGACAAUGGUGCACCUGGGGAAAUGGGAAAAUAUGGAUCAUCCGGAAUUCCUGGGUUUCCUGGGAUUCGAGGAGUGAAGGGGGAAAAAGGAGAUGCCUACAUGAUGGAAAAAGGUAUCAAAGGUAAUAGAGGUUGUAGAGGAUCUCCUGGACCUGAAGGCUCUCCUGGAAAACCUGGUGAAGACGGAAAACCUGGUGACCCUGGGGAUCCUGGCUUUCCUGGGGACAGUACUCCAGGACUCCGUGGUGACAAGGGCUUUCCUGGGCUGACAGGACCUCAGGGGCCUAAAGGUCAUAUGGGAUCACCAGGAUUAGGGAUAAUGGGUUCCAGGGGUCAACGUGGACCACCAGGAAGUGCGGGUCUCCCAGGAAUUCAGGGCCUUCCUGGGCCCAGAGGCCAAGCAGGUGACGGUUGUCUGCCCAGCCUGCCUGGCCUGCCUGGCCCAAAGGGAUUUCCUGGUCCAGAAGGAUUGAAGGGGAUGCCUGGAAAUCAAGGUAUUCCUGGUCCCUAUGGUGCUGAUGGUCCAAAAGGAAAGACAGGUGAUCCAGCAGACCAGGGAACCGUUGGACCUGAAGGCAGUAGAGGACAACUUGGAGAUCCAGGAGACCCUGGCGAGCCUGGGCUUAGUAUUGAUGGUGGCCCUGGUCUUCCGGGUUUUCCAGCUCUGCCUGGAAACAGCGGUCCAAGAGGCGAUUCCUUGUCCGGUGAGCCUGGUUCCCCUGGAGCUAGAGGACAGCAGGGGCUUCCAGGGACGAAAGGAAUCCCUGGAUCAUGUGGUCCACCUGGGAUGAAAGGCGGUCUAGGGUUCAAUGGGACCUCGGGUCUAAAAGGAGAGCGAGGAGAGCCUGGUAACCCUGGGCAACCUGGAUCAAUAGGCAUUUAUCCCAGGAAAUGUAACCCAGGGCCAGUUGGACAACCUGGCCCUCUGGGACCUCAAGGCUGUUUCGGCCGUUCAGGUCUUUCUGGUGAGAAAGGAGGAAAAGGUGAGCAAGGCUGCCCAGGUGAGCCUGGUAUUAAGGGAAUCACUGGAGAGCCUGGACCAUGUGGACUACCAGGACCCCCUGGUUUUGAUGGUGAAUGUGGAGAACCAGGAGACAUUGGAGAAAAUGGACCUCCAGGGGAAAUAGGCAUUAGAGGCCUCCCUGGCAUCGAUGGAUUCCCAGGGCCCUCUGGACUGCCGGGUGCAUGUGGCCCUGUAGGUGCGAACGGGGAGAAGGGCUCCGAUGGACACCCAGGAGCCACUGGGGACAGAGGCUUGAAAGGGGAGAAGGGAAGUAGAGGUCCACUAGGCUGCCUAGGUAAAGUCAUUGUAAACCCAGUGAAAGGAUCCCCUGGGGACCUUGGACCUCCAGGAUUGCCAGGAUUUCCAGGGCCCCGGGGAGAAAAGGGGGAGCUUGGUACUCAAGGGCUGCCUGGGAUUGAUGGAAAGCCUUGCACCCCAGGAACUGAGAAGGGACCUUGUGGAUUUCCAGGGAAAGACGGCCAAAAUGGGAUGCCUGGCAUGCCGGGGACACCUGGUCUGGCGGGUGUCCCUGGAUCCCGAGGGGAAACUGGUGCUGAAGGGGACUAUGGAAAUAAAGGCACUCCAGGUCCCAAUGGGAGCUGUGGGCCUAAGGGCAUAAAAGGUGAAAUUGGAAUUACAAUUGUUUUACCUGGAUUGCCCGGGGUAAAGGGACAAGCAGGAACACCAGCUCCUCUCGCUCCUAACGGUGUGCCGGGAUAUAAGGGCGAUCCAGGAUUUGCGGGGCAUCCCGGAAAUCGUGGAAAACCAGGCCUAAAAGGACAGCCAGGGAAUCCUGGCCCUCCAGGUCCCGAAGGUCUGAAAGGUCUACAGGGUCAGCAGGGCCUGGAUGGCUCUCCAGGUCUCCCUGGAGCCCCAGGCCCACAGGGACGCCCUGGACCACCAGGAUUCAGAGGACCACCUGGUUCCCCGGGCUUGUACGGUCUUGAUGGGCUGGAUGGACAAAAGGGAGAAAAGGGUGCUCCAGCUAAAUGUGAAAAUCAGAUUGGUCCCCCUGGGCCCAGGGGGAUUCCGGGCGAUGAAGGUGAUAAGGGAGAUCAAGGACAUGAAGGGAUCUCUCUACCAGGCCCUAAGGGCCAGCAAGGGCCCGCUGGCCUCCCAGGUCUCCUGGGCCCACCUGGCCCUCCUGGCAGUCCAGGAUCCUGCUGUGGGACAUGUCCAAGUGGCCCAUGUGGUGAAAUGGGGUGCCCUGGCAGAGAUGGGUUACCAGGACCCCGAGGAAUUCCUGGCUUCCCAGGACCAUUAUUACCAAAUAAUGGAGACGAAGGGGACAAUGGUGGACUUGGAGCACCUGGGGAACAAGGCCCUAGAGGCUAUAAAGGCCCUCCUGGACCUCCAGGAAGUUAUGGUCCACCAGGGCUAAAAGGCGAAAGAGGACCAGAUGGGUGUAUAGGACACAAUGGCUCUGCUGGCCCUCCUGGCAUCUGCGAUAUACCUGGACCCAAGGGAGACCCAGGAUUCCCGGGAGACCCAGGACUGAAGGGUGACGUGGGCUUGCCUGGAGUUCAUGGAACAGUAGGAAAACCAGGGCUCCCAGGACAAGAGGGAGACCCUGGCUUCCCUGGAGAGCAAGGAGAGAAAGGUCGUCAAGGUCCAUCUGGAGAGCCAGGAUCACCAGGAGAGCCAGGAUCUUUAAAAAUGUGUAACCCUGGCUUCCUAAUAGUUGUGCACAGUCAAACAGAAAAGAUCCCUGAGUGUCCUAUGGGUAUGAACCAGAUGUGGACUGGCUACAGUUUGGUGUACCUUGAAGGUCAAGAGCAAGCGCAUAAUCAAGACCUUGGUCUGGCAGGGUCUUGCUUGCAGAUAUUUAACACCAUGCCAUUCGUUUAUUGCGGCGAUAAAGUCUGUCACUACUCCAGUCGGAAUGACAAGUCUUACUGGUUGUCCACCACUGCUCCCAUUCCGGCGAAGCCAGUGUCAGAUCUGGAGAUCCAGCAAUAUAUAAGCAGAUGUGCCGUGUGUGAGGCACCCUCUCUGGCUGCUGCCUUUCACAGCCAAACUAAUAGCAUCCCCCGUUGUCCUCAGGGGUGGCGCAGUCUGUGGACAGGCUACUCCUUUUUAAUGGUAACUAUCUGA